UCGGCGUUCGAUCGGGGAUGGUUGCUCAUUUGUUUGUUUGCUAGCCAUGCCUCUGGGGAGAGCAUGUCUAUUGUACAGUCCUACAUCUCCGUCCAUCCCAACUGCCGCUCCUUCGCACCCCCACCCCCGUUAACCGCCCGCCGCCAUGGCCCAAAACUGGCAUCCGGCCGUCCAGGUCGUCAUCAACGGCCAUCCUCAGGCUCAACCCCAGCAGCCUCAUGUCCCCGCCCCCCAGCCGCGUCGCUGGCAGCGCCCGCUGGGCGUGGAGGAGGCCCUGCAGUACUCGCCCAUGUCCAGCUCGCCCGUCUUCGGCCUAGAUUGCAUCCUGCGUCCGGACGUCGGGCGACCCCCCAAUACGACCUCCAUCAAUCACAUCUUACAGUCCGGUCGGACGGCUCUCAGUGGGCUGAACAGCGACAUCGAGGCGGGUCGUGGUGACUCCAAUCGUCUCGAGACGUCGCGGGAAUACUUGCAGCAGUUGCUGGACGGCGAUCAGCUGACGGAAUUUAAGUUCAAACUGCCCACAGGAUCCGUCCAUACCCAGCGAUUGUCUACAAGCGCCUCGCACGAUCAUGUCGCCAGCGGCACCAAGCUUGGCCCGUUUGCGAAGAUGAUGCUCGAUACCACAGAUAUCGCAUUCCGAUACCCUACCCCGGACGACAUGGAACCUCCCCAGAAGCCUCCCUCCUGGACCGAAAAACAGUCCCCCGUCGCCAGCAAACCUCCCCCUCCCGCCCCGCAUCGCCCUAGCCACCCGACAAGCCAGUUGUCGGUAGUCAUCCCGGUGAAGCCGCUGCCUCAUACUGAUAGCCACGGGGUGACGAAGAGGAGAAAGCUGAAUGCGGAUGGCGAGGACAAUCUGACGGCCAUCCGAAUGAAGGAUCAGAAGGAGGAGGCGGACGCCGCGCUGGUCAAGCUGCAAGACUUGCUCCAUGAGAUAUUUGAAUCUGAGGAUCAGCUCGAUCCGAGCACAUCAUCCGAUGCGCCCGCCGAGGGGUCAGCUGUUUUCACUACGCCACAUGCGCUAGAAGUCAGUGCGCCAAUCCUAUCGUCCGAUACCCACACCCGACUCCAGAAGGCCAUCAAGAAGGUGGUGGGCUUUAAUAGACUUCAUGACAUCCCGUCAGACUAUCUGAAUAGGAUCCAGAAGCUCUGCGAAAGGCCAAUCAUUGCUGCGCAGUCACCCGACUUGACAAUAGAAGACCCGUCGAGCGAGUCUGACGCGCAGGAUUGGCUGAGGAAGGUAGAUGACAUACAGAAUGUCCUCCUUGCCAUCGGUAGUCUACUCCAUACCAUGUCUGGCUCCCAGUCGGAGCGAGACCUUUGCCCCGAGGAUCUGAUUGAGGCCAUUCCGAGUGUUUUUAACCACGUCUUUGACCAUUGUGUCAUUCCAGUUGUCCAGGCCCGUCCGGCAGGAAAGGAUGCCAAGUUAUUUGAGUUCUUUUCUUCUCAGAAACGAGUCCUCGGGGCUUUGAUCCAACAAAGCAAGAAAGUAAUGUCUCUCUUUGCGAAUUUCCUCUCGCGGAUCGACGUCUCCGAAGGGACAGUCACGGCGACCGAGUUUUUCGCGGCCAAACUGAUCUUCGUCGAAAAUGCUCACACGGAGAAGGACUCCACGGUGGGCUAUCAGAAAUACGAGUCAGUUCGACGCGGGGCCAUGGAUUUGCUGGCCAAGGUCUUCUCCAAGUAUCCUGCCCAACGGCCAUACAUCCUGGACGAGAUUCUGGUCUCACUAGAGAAACUCCCCUCUACCCGACAAAGCGCCAGGCAGUUCAAACUUGCCGAUGGCAAGAACAUCCAGCUCCUCACUGCAUUGGUGAUGCAGUUGGUGCAAACGACUGCUCUAGAUGUUCCUACUUCUCGGUCAUCGCGGCUUAGGCGUAAGCCACCUGGAGCCGAGGACGAGGACGAUGAUGAAGAGCUUGCAGAUGCACAGGAGAUCGAGCAUGACCCGUCGGACAUGUCCAUGGAGCAGCUUGCGACGAAGGUCAAUCGCUUAUAUGAUAAUGCAGUGCGAAGCGCCCAGUAUAUCGUCAAAUUCAUCGUCUCACGAGCGAUGACAUCGACCAAAACCGGCGAUCAGCCGUAUCGCAAUAUUUUCGACCUCUUCACUGAAGACUUGAUCAGCGUUCUGGGAUCGACCGACUGGCCGGCUGCGGAACUGCUGCUCCGCAUCAUGGCCUCUCACAUGGUCGGCAUUGCUGAUCAGGACAAGAGCUCUGCUACGGCGAAGAGCAUGGCUCUUGAGCUUUUAGGGUGGAUGGGCUCUGCUAUUUCGGACCUCAUCGUGACCGCCCAGCACCUGCUUCCUUCCAUGGAAGACUCUGGUAGCGAUCUCACCGAUCCCCUCCGGCAGCUGUUCGAAGACUAUUCGAACCGUGCUUUACAUCCUCAGGACCUUGUCGUGCCCGAAGGCCCUUACCGGAUGACCCUCGAAUAUUUUAUACAGGACCGCAGCUUAGACAACUGGCAACUUGCUAGCGCUUGCGGUUUUUAUCUUGCCCAGUGGGCCAAGACUUUCUGCUCCGUUUAUUAUAACCCUGAAGAUAGAGACGAAGUCGAGUAUGACGAUACAACUCAAGAUUCGGUUGACCUUUUUGCCAAACUAUUCUCCGAUCCGCUGUGGCUUGAGACCAACAGGAAAUUUAACACUAUACCCUCCGCCCACGGAAGGUUUGCGUAUAUCCUGACCGUCUUGAACUCGGGAUUCUGUAAAGCUUUCGAAACUAUCCUGAAAGUUCUGCUUAACUCGAUUGCCAGUGACCAGGCCAAAGUCCGAAGUCGUAGCUUGAAGAGUGUCAUCUACAUGCUCGAGAAGGACCCGAGCCUUCUGGACAGAGACGCAUCGGUCAUGCGGGUGAUCCUGCGCUGCGCCACGGAUGCUUCCCCGAUGGUCCGCGAUUCGGCGCUGUCUUUGAUUGCGAAGUGCAUUGCUUUGAAGCCGAAGCUGGAGGAGGAUGGCUGCCGGAGCAUUUUGACCUGCGCUGCCGAUACGACUGCCGGUGUGCGAAAGCGCUGCAUCGGACUGCUGAAGGACAUCUAUCUCAAGACGACACGCAUUGAGCUGAAGCUGGCCAUUAUGGAUAGCUUUCUCCAGCGAACGGGCGAUCUGGAGGAGAGUGUGGCCGCUAUGGCUCGGCAAACGUUCGAGGAGAUAUGGCUUACACCUUUCCAUGAACUCAUUGAUUCUGUGCAGGAUGGUCCGAAACUCAAGGUUGGUCUUGACGAAAGGGUGAAUUUGAUCGUAAGCCUGGUUCAACGCAGCGACACAGCCCUCGAGACCUUGAACAACUGUCUCAAGAAGAUCUUGUCCGACACUGCCAAAUCCGCCGCGCUGAACUUCAAAGUCUGCCAGGCGAUGGUAUCCACGAUGUUCGAGAAGCUGGUUGAAGGCAACGAGUCAGGGAAAGAAUUUCAGCAGGCGUUGCUGCAGACGAUAACUGUGUUUGCGAAAGCCAAUGCGAAACUGUUCCGACCUGACCAGCUGGAGACCCUGCAUCCUUACAUUGGAAACUUGGCAGAGCCAGAGGAUCUCUUCCUUUUCCGCUCUGUCGUGGUCAUCUACCGAUGCGUGCUACCGUACCUUUCGUCUGUGCAUAACACCUUACUGAAGGACGUGCAGAACGACCUUUUCAAGAGCGUCGCCAAGCUUGGUCGUUCUGAGCUGAAUGAGGUGAUGGCUUGUCUCUGGACGAUCAACGGAGUUCUGCACAAUACCGACAGACUUGUGAAGAUAACCAUCUCCGUGCUGAAACCGAUCCAUCACUACAAGAACGUAGAUCUUUCGGAUUCUAACAACGCGGCAGUCCUAGCCAAGGCCAAAAGCUACAUUCGGAUUGCCGGCUGUGUUGGCAGACACUGCGAUCUUGAAAAGUACGAGCCAUAUUUCAAGAAUGCUUUCCCAUCGUGGGGCGGUGGGUCGGUGGCCGGCUUGCUGGUUGAUUCCAUUAUCCCGUUUACGCUUCCGAAACAGCCGCUUGAGUUGAGGGUCAUGUCGCUCGAGAGUCUGGGGUCAAUCUGUCAGUCCUGGCCCGGCCAGUUCAGCCGCGAAAACCCGCGGCAGGUCCUGUCUAUGGUGUUCAACGAAGAGAACCCAAGUCUUCAGAACAUUGUGCUGAGGUCGUUUUCCGAGUUCUUCGCGAUGCAUGAAGGCAAGGCCGAGAAGACUGUGCUGUCUUCUGCUGAAAUCGCUGAGCAAGAGAACUCUUCGAGACUCGGAGGUUCUUUGAAAGCCAGUGAUAACGACGGGGCCGCCGCGCUGAUCGCCCAGCACUUCCUGCGGAACAUGCUCAAGGUUGCACAGUCGCGACAGGAUUCAUACGCUUUGACUGCCAUCGAGCUGAUCGCCAGUAUCAACCGUCAAGGACUGGUCCACCCCAAGGAAUGUGCUGGUGUCCUGGUCUCCCUGGAGACGUCGACGGUUCCGGCCAUUGCGAAGGUUGCGUUUGACACACAUAAGAUGCUCCAUCAGCAGUACGAAUCGAUGUUCGAACGGGAGUACAUGCGCGCUGUUCAAGAAGCCUUCUAUUACCAGCGCGAUGUGGUCGGGGACCCCACCGGCGCUUCAAGCCGGCCUUAUGUCGCCAAACUCGGACCCCUGUUUGACAUCAUCAAGAUCAGCAACAGUCGCUAUCAACGAAAGUUCCUCUCGAACCUGUGCGCGAAAGUCGACUUUGAACCGAAAAAGCUCGACGCUACGGGCGAUCCGCCGGAACAUCUCUUACUCACUCGCUUUGUGGCCCAGAACCUCGCCUUCUUCGACUACAACCAACUCGCCGAGCUCGUUCCGACCAUUGGGUGCAUGGAGCGCAUUGUCUCGGCGACUGGCACGGCCAUCGCCCACUCCAUUGAGACCGAAGUCUUUUCAUCCAAGAUCGAGCCCGCCCCAGGAAACGGGAUCCCCGCUCCUGUCCCGGAAGGUCUUGGGGCCAUGGCGCCCCCGCGACAGGUCAACCCGGUGACGCUGCGACUCCUGACUACUGCAGCCGCAUCGAUCUCGAUGCUUUGGGAAGCCCGGACGUAUCUCCGCCGCCUCUACGGAGUCACUGCGCACGCUCGAGCCAAGGACGCCAAAGGAGCGACCAAGGAGCUUAACAAGUCGGCUACCAAGGUGCAUGGGAUCACGGGUGACAAGUUCUGGGACGCGAUCACCCGGAACAUGGGCGCUUUGGAUAGCGAGCAGAGCAUGCUGGAGAAGUGCCGCGAGUUCGCCACGUUGCUCGCGAUCGACGACGAGUUCAAGGUCGGCGGCGAGGAGGAUGCGGAAGGGGACAUCGACGCUGCCACGGACAUGGAGGACCCCACCGCGGCCUGGGGGGCAGGGACAGCCAGUGCGCCCCGGCCUGCGAAGCGGAAGAACUCGACGUCGGGGCCGAAUCCCGUGAAGCGCCCCCGAGGCCGGAAGAGCGGAUCUGGGAAGAAGCGGGCCAGUACGGAGCCGGAUGAGGAGUCGGAUUGGAACUAGAGAAGACGCCGAUGCCGUUGAUCGGAUCGGGCACGAUGAGACCCCUUGUAUUUUGGCUGUCCAUUAGUUAUUUUGAGAGGCGGCAUGCAUUUAUGGGACCGGAAUGGCGUUCGGGAUACACGCCGGCUCGCUUUCCGUGAGCCACUUAUCUAUCGAAUAUCGAUCAAUCAAUGACUUUUUAAUUCAUG